GGAUGGUGGGAUGGAAACAAAGGCCUUUGUUGAAUUAAUGUGUCACGAAGUAUAUAAUAGUUUGGUAUUUCGUGGUUCAGAAGUCUAAACAGGUUUUACAUUUUGUGUAUGUGUAGCUACUGUAGUAUGUAACAUCAUAAUGUCGUCAAAAAAUUCGAGAAGAAACGGAGGUAAAACUAUAUCGACAUUCUGCAGAAUCAGACCGCCUAUCAGUAAUGCGAGAUUACAGACUCAAAUAUGGCCAUCCUACGAUGACUCCUCCCACACACAACUGAUACAAUUCACAAAACCGACAGAUGUUCUUUUGAAAUCAAGCUCAGCUAAAGAGAAGAAAACGCAGAAAUUCGCAUUCAACGAAAUAUUUGACGAAAACGUGUUACAAGAAGAAGUAUUUCAAACCGUCGGCAGGCAUAUAGAUCAUGUGCUCAAUGGCUACAACGGUACAAUUUUUGCCUACGGACAAACUGCAACUGGAAAAACAUACACCAUUAUGGGAAGACCUGGAAUACGAAGCGAACGAAGAAUGGGGAUGAUUCCACGCUCUAUUGAUUACAUAUUUAAAGAUUUGAAAGCCAAAGGCGAUUCGUUCGAAGUUCAAGUUUCCUUUCUGGAAAUAUACCUAGAAAAGAUGUAUGAUUUACUCGGCGUGGAAAGUUAUUCUGUUAACCACGAGACAUUGUCGAGGAAGCGAGAUGUUAUCUGUAAAAUGGAUGACACCAAGGUAAGGCUGGUGAAUUUGGCUUUACGUAAAGUGGAAACAUCAGACGAGGCUCUAGACGUCUUUUUGGAAGGGAAUUCAAACAGAGAAAUUGCACAGACCUAUGCCAAUAACAGAUCGUCUAGAUCUCACGUUGUUUUUACUGUUUAUAUUAAACGAGAAGAUGACACUGGUGUUGUAGAAUCAAAACUUCAUUUUGUAGACUUAGCUGGAUCCGAGCGAGUGAGUAAGGACCAACUUGGGGAUAGUUUGUUGGUUUCCGAAGCCAAAGAUAUAAACCGAUCACUUUUAUUUCUGCACAAAGUCAUUCAGUCGAUUGCCAACAACAGUAGGCCAGAAACAUUUCGCAAUACCAUGAUUACAAGAAUUCUCCGCGAUUCUCUCGUUGGAAAUUCAGUGACGAGUUUGGUGGCAACUAUCAGCAUUGAUGAGCAAAACGUGGAUGAAACCUUGUCUACAUGUAACUUUGCACAGAGUGUUUCUAAGAUUAAGACAAAACCAAAAUUAAAUAAAAUCGAGGAUCUGAACCUUAUCAUCGCGCGACUCCAAGAAGAGAAUAUUAGACUGAAUUCCAAGGUAAUGAACUUCAGCGCUCUAAAACAACGAUCCGUUAACAGAGGAGGAAGAGAGAGAAUCUAAAACAAAUGGUUUUGAAUAUUUCAACGAUAACGACUCAGACGCCUUUUUGGAUGUUUUAAAAGACGAUAUCCGAGUUCAAUUUUGCUUUAACGAGCUGAAAGAACUCGGAAGAGGCAACAAUUCCGAACUAUCAACUGAGAUUGAAUCACAACAGAAAAAACUCACAGAUAAAGAAAUGCGAGAUUUGAACGUAGCAGUUGAAGCUUUCAUUGCUGACCGACGUGAAUUCGCGGAACUCGAUUAUGGCGGAAACACCGAGUCUGCUCAAUAUUGUUUACAGCGAUUGAAAUAUCUCGUCAAAGAAAUGGGUGACAGCAAUCAGACUAAAAAGAAAGGCUGCUGUUAAAUAAAUAUCAUGUAUAAAUGGAUUGUGCAAUGGUUGUCUUAGUUUUGCAAAUAGUAUUGUGCUUUAAUUUUAAAGAAUUUAUUAUUUAUACCUACCGUAUUUAUAUCCUAUGGCCAAAUCAUGAACAAUAGAACAUUGUUCAAAUUUCAUACUUCUCCCGAUUUUAUGCCGUUAGUGGUAAAGAACAUCGGGAAACUGGGAUAUUAUUUUCGUAAUUUUGUUUUUGCAUUUGGUACAACCGAUUCUUUUGUAAGUACGAUAAUCGUCAUAAAUAAAACGGAGAAAUUGCUACACUUAUGCUUUCACCAUAAUAUUUUACCUUGUCGUAUGUGGUUAUAGCCAAGCGUCAGUAAUGAAUGAAUGCACUCAAUUUCGUUUUUAUUGUGUCCUGAAGUUGGAUUCUAUGCUAAACUUGUAAAGUGAAACAUGUUCUUUUUAUGACACUGUGACACAGCUGAUAUAUUUGUUCAGGUGCGUUGUGGUCAACGAAGAAACUCUUUUCACUUUUUUUACUGUUUAAAACAACGAGCUGUUAACAAACAUUAGUGUCUUUUUAAUAUGUUUGCAUAGAACUAUUUAUAUAAAAUAUCAUUUUGCAAAUUGGAAAUUUUGUGAGUAGCAUGAAAAUUCAAUUCUUGUUAACCGGCUGAAUCCAUCUACGUUUCUUGUCUGUAAAACUCUAUGAGCCACGAUUUUUCGUGCAUUAUUUGACACAUUUAUUACCAGUUUCGCACACAAUAGCUCGAUGAAAUAGUCAUGAAUCAAUUUUCCCCCGAUCAUUUCAAAGACAAUGUGUGAUGAUAAAUAUUGUUCAAAACGAUACCUUUUGUUGCGACCGAGACGAGAGUAUACCACACAAUAAGCAGGACUACCUCUCUGUUUAUUAUUUUACCAGUUAUAACAAAGGCGGGAUCAUGGCCCGACCCAGUAAUAAAUCUCAUAUUUGCCACAUUGGUUAAAGACAUAGGAGAUGAUAAGAAUGAUUCCAAACUUUAACAUCGUUGUGUUCAAAUUACCUGGUCGAUAUAUUUAGUAUUUUUCAAUAAAUUGCACUUGUAGGCCUGC